CACGUACAGAUCAGAUAUACAUACAAACCAAACACCAAAAGAGAGAGGUAAUUAACAAAGGCAGGAUGAAGAGAGGAGCUGGAAGUAUGAUCCUUUUGUGUUUUGUUGUUUGCAUGUCCAUAUCCAUGGCUGCAGCAGCCAAACGCAGCGCUAGAAAGCUGGCAGUGAAAUCGGAAUGCCAAGUUGACAUCGACGACUUGAACAAGACGUGCAAGCAAUGGCUCAUGACACCCGGCGGGGCAGACGAAUACUGUCAGGCGGAUGUGAUCCUUGUAAGGACACAGUGCCCCAAAGAGGAAGUUCUUAAGCAGGCUCCUUAUUUCUUCACCCCUAUUGUUGACAAAAUUUUGACUCAGAAUGGCUUCCAGCCCUUCCCCUCAACGCCUUGAUCGUAUAUGUUAAUUACAUUCAUUAUAUUGUAAUUAUAUAUAUUUAUAAUUAUAAUUAUAAUGCAUGCAAUCUAGCUGCCACUUAAAUCUCCGUUUUUCAACAAUAAUAACAUUAAACUAUAUAUUAAUUUGUUUGUGGUAUAUAUGGUUC